AUGCUUUUCUCAUGGAUUGCAGUAAAACAAAGCCUUAAAGAUGUGGGUUUUCAAGCUGUGGAUGUGUUCACCACUGGUAAAAGGGAUGGAUUCAGAAGAACAAUCCUUCUCCUCCUCAUCUGUAGCAUCUCCAGCCUCCUGCUCAGCUCCCUGCUCCUCCUGUACCUCCUUUUCGCUCAGGACUAUGAGCUAGCAGUGGCUGGGGGGAUUGCCGCCUGCUUUGGGACACUGCUGACUGUUGCCCUCUUCCUAUCAAAGAGAGUAAGGUGUUUAGGGACUCUUUUUGUUAUAUCCAUUUUCAUGAAAAAGAGUAGGAACUUGCUGUUAACUGCUGGAACCAGCUUAGUGGUUCUUAAGAACAUCCGUAACACUCUGGAGAACCUCUCGCUGCUGGUCAGGAGUAUGAUUUGCAACCUGAAGGCAAAAAAAGCCUCCAUCAUUGCUCCAUUUACUAACUAUGUUCAGAUGUUGAAGUGGAUCGGAGACAUGCUCAAAGGGGUUACAAACCUGGGAGUAGUGAGAUUUGACUCCCAGCUCAACGUCUCUCCAAGAUUGGAAUCAGAAGAAUUCAGGCAGAGGCUCGCAGGAGCAGAGCAGAAGCUCAACGAGACUGUUAAAUAUGCACAGGCCCUGAUGAAUACAGUGAGCUCAGUGACCGACAGGAUGUUUCCUGCCAUCAGCUUCCUCGUGCUCAUGAUGUUUAUAGCAUUGCACAUAAAAAAAUACUGCAGAGACAUGAAAUACAAAAACAGGUUCAUCAGCAGCAAGUUUGUUCAUUUUGACGAGAAGCAGAAGGCGGAAGGAAAAUCCCACGUCCUUCCCCUCACGGCAGAGGAGGAGCAGCUGUACACCUUCAUUCCCUCCGCCCGUCCCACAACAAGAGAAGGGAAAGCUAUGGUGAAAUUUGGAAUUCCAGUUGUCUCCCAUUUCAUAGCUUGGGUCAUAUUCAUAACUGUGGACGCCUUGCUGUACUGUUUUGUUGACAUUGUUACAGCAAGGUUAUCAGAGCUGGAGCCAUUCCACAUCCCUUUGUUAAUGAGCAUCAAAGGAAUUGCAACUUUAAUUGGAAUGUCUCUUGGACAAGAAAAUCAUGAAAAAGACUUUUCCUACUCUGUGACUCUGUUUGAGAAGCAGUGCCUCCCCAAACCCAAGUUGUUGCUAUAUAGUUCUGUAAUUCCACUGACUGCCAUCCUGCUCACUCUGCUUGUUAUGGCUCUGAUGUCAACCAAAGUCUCCCAGCUAAGGUUGAUGGUCUGUGAACAGUUCUUCCCCUCUGCUGCUGAGGAGAGAGUGGAGUACCUCCACGGCAAAAUCCUGAGGAAGAGAUUCAAAAUGAGAAAGGAGAAAAACAACUGCAGCCUCAGCCAUAUUUCUGGUUUCCGCUACUGUUUCAUUCUAAAGAGGAUCCACAAAGUAUCCUCUGAAGAGGCCCCCAGUUCCAUCGAUGCACCAGAGGCCCCCCGCACCAGGGUUGGGCCUCCGUGCAUGCACCCACCCACAACCUCGGUGACACACCAACCAGGACCCAAGCCCCAAAGGCCCAGCCAGAGCCCCAGCCCGGAGGCAGAGCACGCCCAGAACCCCAAGUCCACUCUGGACCCACCCAGAGUUCAGCUAGACUACCAGGUCGGUAACCUUCGUCCGCCAGCACAGACCCUCCUCCAGCCCUGCUGCAGGCAACCACCAGGAAAACACCACCCAAGAGCCACAGAUCCCCAUUCAGUUCAGUACCACAGCCCCCAGGUUGAGUCCCCCAAGAAUCCCCAGACACCCCAAGCCUGUACCUACCCCCACAUCAAGCGCAAUAAUGAAGGCGGGAAGACUAAAAUGAUCUUUCAGACGGUCUCUAUAAUGCCAGGGUGCAUCUAA